AUGAUCGGUAUAUUGGUAUUUCUCUUUUGUUUGGUGAAUAGUCCUCUUGUUCAUGGCACAAGAGAUAUACUUCAAGAGGUUUCAACAGGGUCGGAGACGAUCACAAAUUAUGCAGGAGCAAUCCUCAGACCAAGUAUGAGUGGCACUGCUUUCUAUGGAGUUAGUGGAACUGUUAGUGUUUAUAAUCCAAAAGUUGACCAAGAACAAAUGAGUGUUGCAUCUAUGUUCAUUGCAAAUCAAGAUUCAAAUAAUUUUGAUGCAAUUUCAGUUGGAUGGCAUGUGCUCCCUUCUUUAUAUCAAGAUAGUAAAACUCAUCUUUAUAUCGCUUGGACGAGUAAUAAUUUCGAGAAAGGAUGUACAAAUUUACAGUGUCCUGGAUUUAUUCAAACCGAUAAAUCAAUUAUUAUUGGGAAAUCAUUCAAUCAAACAUCAACUAUUGAUAAAUUUCCUGUCGAGCUUUCCUUGGCUAUCUUACAGGAUUCAAGCACAAAAAAUUGGUGGAUUUAUAUAAAUGAGAAGAAAAUUGGAUACUAUCCUUCAUCAUUAUUCUCCAACAUGACUUUGGCUAAUCAAAUAGUAUGGAUAGGCAAAACAACAAAUCCCACAAAUACUCCUAGCCCCCCCAUGGGAUAUGGAGUAAAACCUAAUGGUGUUUUUGGCCAUGCAUGUCAUUUUAAGAAGCUUGCAUUUGUCAAUAAUUCUCGAAUGCAACAAUCAGUUACAAAAGAUAUGGGAGAAGUAAGAAGUUCUAAUAAUCAAUGCUAUGAUGCUCGAUACUAUGAAGAUGGUACAAAUGGAUUAACACUAGAGUUUGGAGGACCGGGUGGAAAUAACUGUGAGGAGAAAAGUGGAAAUGCUGAUGGAGAGAACCUUCACGCAUAA